AUGGCUGCGACUAUACUUGCUCGAUGUUACUGUAUCUACAAUUUCGAUGCUUGCAAGUGUGUUUCUUCUGAGAAUCGGCACCAAACGAAGGUGAAGCGAAAUCUCGUGAUCGACCAGAGACUCUCGAAACCUACUCGGAUAAUUGUCCGGGACCGAUCAAAGCAACGUAACAAGCUCAAUGAUCCUGCACUCACUCGGGCGUUACGAAAUUUAGCUGAUUCGGGUUCCAUUGAAGAUGCACUCCACCUGUUCGAUGAAAUGAACAAAGCUGAUGCUUUUGUUUGGAAUGUGAUGAUCAGAGGUUUCGUUAGCUCUGGGUUGUAUCAUGAAGCGGUUAAGUUUUAUUGUAGAAUGGUGUUUGCAGGAAUCAAAGCUGAUUCCUUUACUUAUCCUUUCGUGAUCAAAUCGGUUGCUGGGAUUUCGUCGUUGGAAGACGGGAAGAAGAUUCACGCGAUGGUGAUCAAGCUUGGGUUUGUUUCAGAUGUUUACGUUUGUAAUUCUCUUAUAUCUAUGUACAUGAAGCUUGGGUGCGCUUGGGAUGCAGAGAAAGUGUUCGAAGAAAUGCCUGAGAGAGACAUUGUUUCGUGGAAUUCUAUGAUUUCUGGAUAUCUCGCACUUGAAGAUGGUUUUCGCUCGUUGAUGCUGUUUAAAGAAAUGCUGAAAUGCGGAUUUGAACCGGAUAGGUUCAGUACCAUGAGCGCUUUAGGUGCUUGUUCUUAUGUGUAUAGUCCAAUAUUGGGAAAGGAGAUACAUUGCUAUGCUAUUCGAAGUAGAAUUGAAACAAGUGAUGUUAUGGUGUUGACAUCAGUUCUUGACAUGUACAGUAAAUAUGGUGAAGUGAGUUAUGCAGAGAGGAUAUUUAACGGUAUGAUCCAGAGGAACAUCGUAGCUUGGAACGUUAUGAUAGGGUGUUAUGCUAGAAAUGGCCGAGUAGUUGAUGCUUUUCUCUGCUUUCAGAAAUUGUUAAAGGCAAAUGGGUUGCAGCCUGAUGUUAUCACAUUGAUAAAUCUGCUUCCUGCGUGUGCGAUCUUGGAGGGUCGAACGAUUCACGGGUACGCAAUGAGGAGAGGGUUUUUUCCUCAUAUUGUAUUGGAAACUGCUCUGAUUGAUAUGUAUGGAGAAUGCGGGAAGUUAAAAUCAGCUGAGGUUAUAUUUGAUCGAAUGGCUGAGAAGAAUUUGGUCUCAUGGAACUCGAUUAUUGCUGCUUAUGUGCAGAACGGGAAGAACUAUUCAGCCUUGGAGCUAUUGCAAGAGCUCUUGGAUUCAUCGCUUGUACCUGACUCUACAACAAUUGCUAGUAUUCUACCGGCUUAUGCAGAAUCUCUCUCCCUGAGUGAAGGUAGAACAUUUCAUGCUUAUAUCAUAAAAGCCAGAUACGGGUCAAACACUAUCAUCUUGAAUUCACUCGUUCACAUGUACGCCAUGUGUGGAGACCUCGAGGAUGCAAGAAAAUGUUUUGACCAAGUCGUUUUAAAGGAUAUUGUUUCUUGGAACAGCAUCAUCAUGGCCUAUGCAGUACACGGUUUUGGGAGAAUUUCGGUUUGCUUAUUCUCAGAGAUGAUUAGUUCUGGAGUAGAACCAAACAAGAGUACAUUUGCUUCACUACUAGCAGCAUGUAGCAUUUCCGGUAUGAUUAAUGAAGGAUGGAAAUAUUUCGAUUUGAUGAAAAGAGAAUACGGGAUUGAUCCUGGAAUAGAGCAUUACAGGUACAUGCUGGAUCUCAUUGGUCGUACAGGAAACUUCAGCUCAGCCACGAGAUUCAUUGAAGAAAUGCCAUUGAUGCCAACAGCUCGGAUUUGGGGAUCGUUGUUAAACGCAAGUAGAAACCACAGCGACAUAACCGUAGCUGAAUUUGCAGCAGAACAGAUCUUUAAGAUGGAACACGAUAACACGGGAUGCUAUGUCUUGCUUUUAAACAUGUAUACAGAAGCUGGAAGAUGGGAAGAUGUAAAUAGGAUCAAGCUUCUCAUGAAGAGCAAAGGCAUAACAAGAACAACAAGUCGCAGUACUGUUGAGACAAAGAGCAAAACUCAAGUGUUCACUAACGGAGAUAGAUCCCACGUGGAGACAAACAAGAUCUAUGAAGUCUUAAAUAUUGUCUCAAGGAUGAUUGGAGAAGAAGAAGACAGUUAUGUUCACUGUGUUUCGAAGUUGAGACCAGAGACUCUAUUGAAGAGAAGAAGCAAUUCACCAAGAAGACAUUCGGUAAGACUCGCUACAUGUCUCGGAUUGAUCUCUACGGAAACAGGAAGAACAGUUAGGGUGAAGAACAACACGAGAAUCUGCAGAAAAUGUCACGAGUUCUUGGAGAAGGCGUCGAAAAUGACGAAAAGAGAAAUCAUUGUGGGAGAUUCCAAGAUUUUUCAUCACUUCUCCAAUGGUAGUUGCUCGUGUGGAAAUUACUGGUGA